UCAAAAAGAGCUGCGAAAUUAUUAAUCAUCUCUGCGCUAUCAAAAAAAAAAUAAAAAAAAUAAAAAAAAUCUGAAAAAAAAAAAAAAAAAUUUUUGAUUUGAUAUAGCAAGAAGAAACCAGUUACUAAUCACAUUAGAAUAUAGACGAUGCCUACAGAGUUAGAAGAGUUAGUGGAGCUUUUGCAUUCCCCACAACCAGCCGUGGUCCUGAUUGCUUUGGAUAAUUUAGUGGGAUACUCCCAAGGUGCCCAUCAACAAGUGUUCAGUUAUGGUAAUUAUGAAGCUAUCAAAGAUUUAAAGACUUUAAGUAAAUCAACUGGUAAGAUCACAGUACAACAGUCAACCACUGUAUUGGCUAACUUAUGUGAUGAUCUCACUAUGAGAAACUUAAUCGUGGAAGAUUUCGAAUAUUUAAAGUUCUUAGUGGGUCAAAUCGUUAACAUAAAGAACUCCAAUGCUGAUAUCAUGUGUAUUUUAUUAACCAACUUAGCCAAGAACGAUGCUAUAAAUAAAGUAUUUGAUAUCGCUCUUACUCAUAAUGAUGAACAAAAGAAAGUUUUCGAAUCAAACCAUGGUAUGGAUUGUUUAAUGGAUUGUUUCGUUAAGGGUAAUGAUAGAAAAUUAAAUCCAUAUGCUAAUUAUGAUUAUUUAGCUUAUUUCUUUGCUGAUAUUUCAAGAUUCAGUCAAGGUAAAGAUUAUUUCAUUAAUGAACAAGCUUAUGAUAAUGUGGUCCCAAUUUCUAAAUUAUUAGUAUUUACUGAAAAAUACGAUUCCAAAAUUAGAAGAGAAGGGGUUGCUUCCACUAUUAAAAAUUCAUUAUUUGAUUCUAAUGCUCAUUGGAAAUUAAUGAAUGAUGAAAAGAUUAAUUUAUUACCUUAUAUCUUAUUACCUAUUGCUGGUCCAGAAGAAAUCGAUGAAGAUGAUAUGUUUAACUUGCCUGAAGAAUUACAAUUAUUACCAUCUGAUAAACAAAGAGAUCCAAGUAAAGAAAUUAUCUGUACUCAUUUAGAAUCUUUAUUACUUUUAACUACUACUAAACAAUUAAGAGAAUACCUUAGAGAAAAAUCAGUCUAUCCUAUCGUUAGAGAAUUACAUAAAGCAGUUGAAGAAGAACGUGUGGCUGAUUUAUGUGAUAGAUUAGUACAAAUGUUAAUGAGAGAUGAAGCUCCAGAAGGCGCGGAAGAAGAAGAAGAAGAAGAAGAAGAAGAAGAAAGUGAUGAUGAUGAUGAUAAAAUCGUAGAAAUUUUGUAAAUAUAGCAUUAUUAAUUUCAUU